GCACUUCAUGAGUGUCAUUAUGGCUAUGGUAAUAGUAAAUGUGAUUCUGAUCAUAGCCAACAACACAUUACGAUAUUACAUCGUGACAUAAAGCCAGAAAAUGUAUUAUUGGGUAGUGAUAAUAAGCUUAAAUUGGGCGAUUUUGGUCUGUCGAGAAAGUUGAAUUUAGACCGAGAGUUGGCGCAGACGUAUGUUGGUACACCUUAUUAUAUGUCGCCUGAACUGAUAACUGAAUCACAUUAUGAUGCUAAAUCUGAUAUUUGGUCCCUUGGAUGUUUGCUGUAUGAGCUUUGUGCUUUACAACCACCGUUUCAAGCAAAAUCACAACCUAGUUUGGCAAUAAAAAUCAGUGCUGGUAUGGUUCCGCCUCUACCAUCACGGUACUCAGAAGAACUUAAUAAUAUAAUUAGAACAAUGUUAAUGGUUGAUCCGAACAAAAGGCCUACAACUAUGGAAUUACUAAAGAUGAUGCAUCCUAGUAGGGAUAUAACACGCCGAGAAGAGGAGCUUAAACAACGAGAGAUAGCUUUAAACGGACGUGAAAUAAUGGUAACAAAUAAAGAGGAGGAAUUAAGGCGAAGGUUUGCAGAACUCCAACAAUGCAAACAGCAAUUGGAUUUUGAAAGGCAACAAUUUGCCAAUGAGGCUAAACUUCAUACAGAACAAUUUAAUAUGGAAGUUCAGCGACAAAAGGAGGAGUUCAAAGCUGAAUAUGCAAACCUUUUGCAGCAAAAAGAGGAAUUAAAUAGCGGUUUUUUAGAGCUUAAGCGACAGAAAGACUUGCAGGCGCAAAUCCUUAAAAAUCAAGAAUCAGAGUUAAAACGCCGCCAUGAUGACCUUCAGCGUCAGAUUGAUGAAUUUAAUAAGACGCGAGAUACACCAUUGCCUGAACAGCGAACAAUAGCUUCUCUUAAGACACAAGUAUCGUGUAUUAAAGAGCAGCCUUUGAUAAGCGAAAACAAAUGUGAUAAAAUUAAUGAUACGAUUCAAGUUAUUGCACAAGUUGAGACGAUUACAAAUAAUGAAGUCACUUCACUUCACAAUCCAUCUGAAGAUCGGGAAAAUUUUGCAUCAAGUUCAAAUUGUGGGAUGGUUGUGAAAGCACCUGUCUUGCAGCAGGAAUUACCGAAGACCAGGCUAAGAAAACUAAUAUAUCCUCCAUUAGAAGUACGACCUAGGAAUAUUACAUCGAUAUCAAGUAUAAUUCCUCAAAAACGAUUACAGCAGAGUUCGCAAGGAUCCAAUGUAUGGGAU